GCAGCCUUGUUGGCUCUUGCACCGCACCUGCCACCUGCGCUUGACAGGGGUAGCUUCUGAUGACUAAGGAAAAGCGCUACCUGGUGCUCCACUUUAUUUUGUAUGGGAAUCCACCAUCCGCAUCAUCACCAAUUUAAUUCCAUCCAUGGAUCUCGCUCUUUGCGACAACAACAACACCCCUUUUUAAGUAGGCGUUCUUGUUAUCAUAUCAAUUCGUCUGUUUAAAAGUGUUUUCUGCUAAGGUUGGAAUGAUUGGUGCUAUUAAUCUUUGAGAUAAACAACCUGCCUGAAAAUGGCACGCAACGUCCGCCAACAGGCGCUGCAAAAGAUCGCCAUACUCUCGGCCACCAGUUCAACGACAACCUUUGAUAGAUCUGACCUCGAUCGACUUUGUAAAGCUACGAAUAUUCGCGGGAAGGGAAAGGAAGCCACAAAUGGCUCGGCCAAUGGAUAUACGUCGUCUUUGGCUCGUGUUCCGAUGACCAUACGUGAAUUUGAAGUUCUCAUCUCUCUCUGUAAAGCUGCACCGAUGGUCCAGAGCAGUUCUAGUGCCCAGAAGCUCGUCAACCAAUUGAUACCUUACGUCCUCGAAGCGCAUGCCCAGACCUUCCUCCCUUCGCCUGCCUUCAAUAAGAUCGAACCUUCACCUGUCGAGGCAUUGACGUCUAAUGUCACCGGUGCCUUGCUCUCGCUGGGAAAUAAAUAUGAUGAUUUACACGAGACGGUGUCUGACAAUAUCUGGGCUCUUCUGGCUUCUAUGCGUGUAGCUAUACAAGCCAUAGUCCCUCCCAAGUUUGACGACUCUGCCCAACCAAAUCUCGAGGAUGCCAUCCGCGUUGCAACCAUAGCCAUCUCUCUCUUAGGGUUCUUAGAUGCCGCUUCUGCCCAGACCAAUUUUUGGAGGACCGGCGGAAGACUUGCUCUCAUUCAGAGGGUUAACAACAUGCUCUCCGCAUCCUUCUUAACCGCCGUGGACGGUGCAUUUUCUACGAUUCGAAAUGCCCAUGCGUCGGAUCGUAAUGCUAAGGACUGGAAAAGAUGCCUUCGACAUUAUUCUCAUCAGGGACGACCUUUAGGGCCCAUGCUUUUACAGAGAAGCUUCAUGUGGCUCCUGGUUUCUGCAACGUCUCUCCUAAUCGCGGAUGUCAAAACUCUCAGGUCUUCUCACGUCCUUGAUUUGCUAAUGUCCAAGAGUAGCUUGCUGAAGUUGAGCUCAAGUAUUCCUGACGCCGACUUUCAGUCAAUUGAGCUGUACAGCAGUAUUACUCAGGAUGUGAUGGAACGCCUCGAUGCUAGUGCCGACUUCAUUGAGCUCGGCUCGUCUUCUCAGCAGAGACUAGCCUAUGCCGUCAAGGCCGCUACAAUCAUUGGCUACCUCAAUUGUAUCGUGCUGAACGAAGAUGCCGCUGACCCCGAGUUCCUCAUGACUUGGCUUCAGGAAUGUUUGGAUAAUUCCAUUCAAAUGGCGGACGAGACCUUGGCAUCGGCUGUCCUUCGUUCAAUGGCCAUCCUUUCUAAAAUCUCGCCAAGCUUUGCUCCAACUGUAAUUCGACUUCUUCCCCGAUUCCUUGUACAGACCUCGCUAUCUAGCAAUAUUGUCGCUACUGCAUCGCGAUGCCUGGCAUUUGCUUUACACUUGCUUUCUCAGGAUGCCGUCAUUACUACGUUAUAUGCACUUGGAAAUGUGCUUAGUCCGGAUGGCGAUCCGAAUGUCCAAAAUGGAUCGGCUGAUUUGGGUCCCGGGGCUGCUGGGUUAUCAAAUGUUUACCAAGGAGGUCAUUCUACAGGUAGUGACCUCUCGCUUCAAAUCCGAGGAGAAGAAGAUACCUCAGUAGUAUAUGGAAAUAUUGUGCAAGCGGUAUGCAGCAUUGCAGAUUUGUGCAAUGAUGAGAAGAUCACGGCACUCGCGCAGGCGAUGUUGCUACAAAAAUUGACGAAGGUCAAUUUGCAAGUCGACAGUCAUAUCAUUACCGGUGCUAGCGUCCUCUCCCUAAAUGGAGGGCAAUUGGAAUUUAGGUCACUUCUUCGAUUAUAUUCGAGACUCUGUCAUAAUGCAACUGCCGACGACAAUGCAUUAAUUCUUGAUGCUGUCAGGAAAGCCCGAAAUCACAUAUCAGCAAAUGUGAAGCGCGAGUCUCCGCUUUUUGAAAUUUACUGGGAUCACAUAUUGGAAGAGUUGAUCUCGAAAGGAGAUGUACAUCAGUCUCAACACAUGAAAGAGUCCGACGUCGAGUUUGCCGCACGCGAAAUUGCCGAACUUCUUCAACCUGUAGCAAUCUUAAUGUCAACACAUGAUUUCGUUACGGAUCUACCUGGCCAGGAUGAUGAUAAACACACUCUAAUCAGGGACGCUUGGUUCAAUAUUGCUGUUCAUGGCUUCACUCCUCUGACCGAAAGAGGCCAGAAGUACAUCAAUGAAUUACGGAUCAUGGCUAUCCACUCCCCACCUCUAGUAGCCGAACAGCGAGGUGAGCAGGUUGAAAGUGAUAUCGAGCUAAAUACUGUUCUUCGCCGAGCCAAUACCUCCGAACGGGAAUCAAGACAGAAGAAACUGCUUACAGAGCUUGUCCCGUCAAAAGCAUCUGACAUUAGGAGUCUGAGCUACAGGAAAGUCAUGUUUCUGCAUGCUGCGUAUUUAGUUGAAAGUCUCCGUGCCGACUCCGGCGACUGUACCAAGACUCUGUCAUACUAUCUAGAACCCAGCAUGCGUAAGGAAGACGUACGGGGUGUUAUGGAAGGUAUAACAACUGUUGUGAUGGAUAAGUACUUGUCGAAGACCUUAGAAGCAAAGCUUCCGACUUUCUCUGCUCACUAUGCAGCCUCACAGCUUGCAACGAUUUUCUGCGGGUGUUGUCAUCGUAUUCAACGCGUUCAGCAAGCUGCAUUUUACUGCGCAGACAAAUUUGUUCGAGAGACUCCAUCCUCUCUUUGCCAGAAGUCAUCACUAUUUGCACUUCUUGAGCUAUUGUCUCUUAUGUGGACAAGUUGUCUAGAAGGCGAAACCGAAAUGUAUGAUCCAAGAUCGGUCUUCACUUCUCGCCUAGGAAACGUUACGGUUGAACUUUCAGAUGACUAUUCGUUCAGAAAGACUACGCUUAACAACUUGUAUACAAGAGUUCGAUCGUGGGUCUCGUUGGCUAUCAACCUAGCGCCUUCUGAUGUCAAAGGUUUGCUCCAGACGUAUCUGUCUGAAUUUGAAGAUGAAGGGGUGUAUGGGCACAUGUCACUUGGUCGAUCAUUCGCUGUAGAGAUGGGGUCGUCGAUACCUGCUACAGACCAGAGAUUGACCUCUCUAGAUCCGAUGGGUCAAACUGCUAUCAACACUGCAUCUCAUUUUAUUGCCCAAUACACAACGCGCCAAGAAUAUCGGUAUGGUGAGACAUUACCUAGUCAUGGUAAGGAUCUCAUAAAUGUUAUGCCAAUGAUGCGGCGAGACUCGUUCAUCAAAGCUGCGCCGUCCGACCGCGCCGACGCUGUUACGGCAUUAGCUCAUGUAGAAUCUCGGGUUACCGGCAAGAAGACAACUCCUCUCCACGAUGUGAGAGACAUUCUUCGACGGGCCGCAGCUCUUCUGUGCCGCAGCGGGAGAGACGAGAGUUCUAUCACUCACUAUCUUGUCAGCAUUCCUUUCAAGAUAUUUACCAAAGAAUCAAUCAACUUUGGAGUGUCUCUAUGGUUGGGUGUUAUGAACGAGAACCCUAGGAUGGAGUCUCGAAUACUUGCUGAAAUCGCUCAACAAUGGGAGAUCGUUAUCCAUAAGAAACUUGGAUUAUUCAACCCUACCUUGAUGCACCCGGAUCCCUUCUUCCUCAAAGAAGAAUUCGCUCCUAGUGAUAACGAGGGGCUUACGAGGCGUCGACAACAGGUACAUAACUUGUUGGCUCCGCACACUCGUCUCAUCCAAUUUUUCAGCAGCCACUUCAACGCCACGCGACUAGGUAGCCCGGAUACGCAUAGAAUAUUCCUCCGUAUGCUCGACGUGACGCUUGAUGCCUUGAAAAGUUCGAUUUCGCAUCCCAUGGCUAGGGAGCUCCGUCUGAGAAUUAUUCUCUUCAGUCUCAGGGUAUUGAAGAUGAAUACUACAGUCCGUCUGGCGACUCAAUGGCGUCUCAAAGACAAGAUUUUAUCUGCAGGAUUAAGUUGGUUUAAAUAUUCGCCAAAGUGGUCUUUUGGGAGCAAUAUUCUCCAAUUGAAGACUGAAGUCCGGCUUAUUACUGAUGUUAUGAAUGCCCUCAAGACUGUCUCUUUUAUUGCAUCACAGACUGCUGGUAACUUCAAGGCGUUGGCUCAAAAAGAGAUACUGCUUCAAACUUUGCUUGAGAGUGAACAGAUUAGGCUGAACGUUUGGGUACACCCAAUCAAUGAUGGACAUAGACAGCAUACGAUGGCCCAUAACAAGACAGCACUCGAAACUACUCUGAAACCACUGGUUCGGGUGGCUUGGGCUGAAGACCCUUCUCUAGCAAUAGAGCUGGUCAACAGAUUCUCUAUACCAGCUGUACAUAACGAGGUUCGUUGGCUGCUGUUGAACUUCCCGGCUAGGGCUAUUUCCGAGCCUGAGGCUCUCCCGAUAUUAUUAGGGGGUGAACUGCCACCUGAUGUUCGGUUCCAGCUUAAGUACUUACUCUUCUGGGCUCCGGUUAACCCUGUGACUGCUGUCACAUAUUUCUUGCCGGCCUAUCGAAACCAUCCGUUCCUUAUCCAAUAUGCUAUGAGAGCACUGGAGUCUCAUUCAGUUGAUGUGACCUUCUUUUAUGUGCCACAGAUUGUGCAAGGUCUUCGAUUUGAUGCUCUCGGGUAUGUGGAGCGUUACAUCAACGAGACUGCACAGUUUUCCCAAUUAUUCGCCCAUCAAAUCAUCUGGAAUAUGAAAGCAAACUCUUACAAAGAUGACGAUGCAACAAUUCCUGAUGCUAUCAAGCCUGCUCUCGACAAGGUGAUGGAGAAGAUGGUCGGCAGCUUUUCCGACGAAGACAGAAAUUUCUAUGAAAGAGAGUUCGCAUUCUUCGAUGAGGUCACUAGUAUAUCUGGCAAACUUAAGCCGCUAAUUAAGCGUGACAAACCUGAAAAGAAGCAAAAGAUCGAAGAAGAACUCAGGAAGAUCAAAGUCGACGUUGGUGUCUACCUACCUAGCAACCCCGAUGGUGUUGUUAUCGGCAUUGAUCGUAAAUCCGGCAAGCCUCUCCAGUCUCACGCGAAGGCACCUUACAUGGCUACAUUCCGUAUCAAGAAGUCGAAGGGUGGCGUAGAAGAAACAGAAGAAGUUUCGCAGGAAGUAAGCAACGGCGAGACGCCGGAGGAAAAUACAAUUGAGGUUUGGCAAAGCGCUAUCUUUAAGGUUGGUGAUGAUUGUCGACAAGAUGUGUUAGCCUUACAGAUGAUUGCCGCGUUCCGUGGUAUCUUCCACAGUGUCGGGCUCGACGUCUACGUGUUCCCAUACCGCGUUACCGCGACCGCUCCUGGUUGCGGUGUCAUCGACGUGUUGCCUAACUCGAUCUCCCGAGACAUGCUCGGUCGUGAGGCGGUAAACGGAUUAUAUGACUACUUCAUCAGCAAGUAUGGUAACGAGGACUCUCUCCGGUUCCAGCACGCACGCAACAACUUCGUGAAGAGUAUGGCGGCGUACAGCAUUAUCUCGUUCCUGCUACAGUUCAAGGACCGACAUAACGGUAACAUCAUGAUUGACGACGCGGGUCACAUCCUCCACAUCGAUUUCGGUUUCUGCUUCGACAUCGCACCCGGAGGUGUUCGCUUUGAACGCGCUCCAUUCAAGCUCACGGGCGAAAUGUUGGCUGUCAUGGGCGGAAGCACGGACCACCAAGCUUUCAAAUGGUUUGAGGAGCUGUGCGUCAAAUCAUUCCUAGCGUGCCGCCCCCACGCGGAGAAGCUAAGCCAGAUCGUGCUUCUGAUGAUGGAGAGCGGGCUGCCGUGCUUUAAGCCCGAAAGUGUCAAAUUCUUCAAGGAGAGGUUCGUACUCGAACGAACUGAACGCGAAGCUGCUGACUUCGUUAGAGAUCUCGUCAGGAAGAGCGCGGGAAGUUACAGCACCAUGGUGUACGACCAGUUCCAGCUUAUGACCAACGGCAUUCCCUACUAAGUUGCUGUUGCUGAGAAGGAAAGGGCGUACGUUGAAGAGAUGUUGGGGAUUUGUGGUGGCGAUGAGCUCGUUUGUCUGGUUCGGUUCACUUCAAUUCGACUUAUAUGCGUUUUGGAAUUAGUUGUGAUGUUAUUGUUGUUAGCUAGUAAUAAUACCAGAGCGAGCCCGAA